AUGGAUGAGAAGGUGGCACCCGACGCUGCUGCUGCGCCUCAAGAGGUGACUCUCGAGUCGCUCCCAGCUACCAAAGCAUUGCACACUGACCCUGCUCGUCGCGGAUCGACUGCGGUCAACAUUAUCCGGAAUCCUCUGCAGAGUGCCUCCCGGGAGCAAGUACUUACCGAUGCUCGCGCCUUUGCCGAGACGAACGGAUUGAGCGAGCACGUCGACCUUUUCGGCCGGGCUGCCUUGGUCGCGCGGGACCCGGAUAACUUUGAAACCAUCACCGAGCUUAGCGAGGACGAGCUGGCAGCGUUGACGUACGAGAAGAACCACAAAUGGCACGGACCCAAGGUCCUUUGGUAUACGGUUGGUCUGUGUGCCAUCGGAGCUGCCACGCAAGGAUGGGAUCAGACCGGGUCAAACGGCGCCAACCUGCAGUUCCACGAUGAGUUCAACAUUGCCGGCACAGGGCGAGACGAAUGGAUCGUGGGGCUCGUCAACUCCAUCAUCUUUCUGACAGCUGGAUUGAUUGGUGCUUUCAUCGUCGACCCUCUCAACCACUACCUUGGCCGUCGAGGUGAGAUUUUUGUUACAGCUCUGUGCCUAACUGCGACGCCAAUUGGCUCCGCCUUUACGCACUCAUGGCAGGCACUGUUUGCGGCGCGCUUCGUCAUGGGUAUUGGCAUAGGUGCGAAAAACGCGACCGUCCCUAUCUUCUCAGCAGAGAUAGCCCCUCAUCGAGUGCGCGGUGCCUUGGUCAUGUUCUGGCAGUUGUGGGUUGUCGCUGGUAUCUUCCUUGGUCUUAUCGCCAACGUCGCCGUCAAAGACACUGGCCGAAUUGCGUGGCGACUCCAGCUCGGCUCGGCGUUCAUCCCUUCUUUUGUCCUCGGCGCUGGUAUCUACUUCUGCCCUGAGUCUCCUCGCUGGCUCAUGAAGCACGGUCAGAUCGCCAAGGGAUUUCGAUCGAUGGCGCGCCUGCGAGCCCAUCCCAUUAUCGGCGCCAGAGACUACUACUACUCGUACGUGAUUUACCAGGAGGAAUUGAAGGAGGCCCGGGGAGCUGGGUACUUCCGCCGCAUGUGGGACUGCUUCUCCAUCCCUCGUAUCAGGCGCUCCAACUAUGGCGCCUCAACCGUCAUGCUUGCUCAGCAGAUGUGCGGCAUUAACAUCAUCUCAUUUUACAGCUCCAGUAUCUUCGUGGACGCCGGAUAUGACAAUGAGCAAGCGUUGUAUGCCUCACUCGGCUACGGUGCGGUCCAGGUUCUUGCCACAAUCCCGACUCUAUUCCUUAUUGACACCAAAGGCCGACGAACUCUGUGCUUGAUUACAUUCCCUGGGAUGUGUAUCUUCUUGCUCGCCGCUGGUCUCUCCAUGCUCACGCCCGAGGAUGCCAGCAGGGGGGCGCAACUAGGACCAGUUGUAUUAUUCAUCUACCUGUUCACUAUAUGCUACUCUCUGGGAGAAGGACCAGUCGCGUUCCAGUACUCCGCCGAAGUCUUCCCCACUAUCCAGCGAGAGCAAGGAAUGGCCUGGGCAGUGUGCAUCAACAACACCUUUGCCGGCGUCCUCAGUCUCACCUUUCCCCGCAUGUCCAGUGUAAUGACUCCAACUGGCGCUUUCGGCUUCUAUGCUGGUCUCAAUCUUAUAGCCUGGGGCCUGAUAUUCUGCUUCGUCAGAGAGACCAAACAACUCACCCUUGAGGAAUUGGACCAGGUCUUCUCCGUCCCAACCAAGGAUUUCAUCAAGCAUGAGACUACCGUCUGGCUGCCGUACUUCUUCAAGCGUCACAUCUUCCGUCAGAACAUUGCGAAGCCACCGGCCAUUAUCGCGACGGCUGACGAGAAGCGCGGAACCGGAAGCAGUACAUCGGUCCUUGCUUGA